AUUUUCACUGUGCAACGACGGGUGACGCAACUCCUCAUCUCCCCUUUUCCCUCUCCUUCGCAGUUUCUCUUGCGCAGUAUGCUAAGUGUAAAUGUAAUAAGUGUGGUGUCUUACUCCUUUCUUUUCGCGGCCGCCCUGUCCUACCUGAUUGUGAGAUGGAUAAGAGUGAAGGUGAUUCAACAGCCGAGUUUUCUGCUUCCUGAGCCAAACGAUAAUGUCGAGAAAGCUCCGGUCUCUCCGAAGUUGCCGCCGUGUCCAAUGAAACCAAAUCUCGGGAAGCCGUCUGGCGGAAGCCGAGGCAAUAAGUCCGGGAGCAAGAAGGGCAAAAACGCGACAACGCACCACGAAGGACGUCGCGACGACGGAAACGGUCAAAAUGGAGCAAGUUCGCCCACGAAGGGCAAAGGGAAAGGCAAGAAGGGGCGCGGGGGCGGACGGCCCAGGACAACGCCGCGCGCGGGGGCUGGUCCGUUCACGGCCAUGGGAGGGGAUCGGCACAGCCGCGAAGAACAGCAGGAAAAUUAUUCUUCGCACGGCAGCCGGAGAAACCCAGCAGGACCUGAAGAUGCACAGCAGACUGUGCGCGCCUGGUCCACUGUUCGAGCGGACCCAGAAAUCAGUUUUCCGACGGUGGAAGAGGUGAACGCCUACAGUCUUGCGUUACUGAACGUGCGGAUCAAAGGGAAAGGCUGUGCCUUGGAUGACGACCGCCUGGCGGGGCCCGUGAGUGAGUCCGUCUGGUCUGCGGAAGGCGCGUGCUGGUCCCUCGUGGAGGAGUGGAAGGCACGCAUUCGGAACGAGCUCGAGCACUUGCGGCAAACUUAUUAUCGGGAAGAUCUUCCGCACUGGGAGUGCCUGGCCAUCAUCGAGGAGCUCGAUUUGUCCUCCAACUUUAUCUCGGACCAGGGUGCGCAGAAGCUCUUCCACAUGCUGACGGAGCUGCAAAUCGUGGUCAAGAAACUGCUGCUGUUCAAAAACAAGAUCGGAGAUUUCGGUGCGUACUUUCUUGCCUAUUACUUGAAUCAGCAGAAGAACUUCCCCGCCGCGCGCUAUCAAAAGGAAAAAUCCCCCCUCCCCAUAUCGAAAAGGCAUCCUUUUGAAAAUUUGUGAUGCUGAUUUGGGGUCACAAAUCAGGUCUGUCUUGCAAGAUCGCAAAGCCAGAGCUUCCGCCGCUUUACGCCGGCGAUUUGUAUGUAGUGAGGUCACCGAACGGUUCUAACCGGGGAGUUUUUUUGCCACCUACCGUGAAAAACGACCGGCAGUUUUCAAGCGGCCGGAAGCGUUUUUUGACAUAAAAGAUUUUCAAUUAUCAAGCCUCCGGGGCUUUGAAGUCAAACAAGCCCGGUCGAAAACUAUCGAUUCGCACUGGAUAAAGCGACGCAGGGAAGCCGGCAAAAGGGGCGCCGUUCCGAGGCGCCCGCCGCCUUGGUUUCUGGCGAUUUGGGGCGCCCAAAAAGGGGCGCGCAAAAAACGCGCCCAAAAUCAGAACAGCGAAACAGCAUGGCACGGCCGCGAUUUCGGAGCAUCUUGGGCGGCCGCGAAAGCGGCCGCCUUUUCGCCGGUUUUAGAGCCUGGGAAGCUUUGCAAAAAGCGCCGGCGUGAAAAAUAAAAACGCGAAAAAUAAAAAACGCCCCAGACGCGCAAAGCCAAUCCGCAUGCUAUGGGCCCGGUUUUUCUUCGCUUUUUGGGCGCCCCCCGUGGCACCCGGAUCGGCCCCAUAGCAUCGGGGCUGGCUUUCGGAAAGGAAUUUGGGAAAUGUGCCAAAAUUUGUGAUGUUUCCCAAGUGGCCGCCAUACCGUGCGGCAUAACGUUACUCACGGCGGUAUGGCGAGCCCAGAAAAAACAAAGGCGCGGCCAAGGCGGCGGUCGGCAAAAAAACGCCCACGACCUCACUACCCCCGCCCCGGCGGCUAUAUUUGGUAAUGCUGCUGCGCCAACAGGGCAGACGUCUGCCAUGCUGCGCGCCCACUUCCAGCCAGCCCCUUCCAGGCUUUGCAUCUGCCUGCAGUCCUCUACUGCAAGACAAAGCGGAUUCGUGUACACAAAUCCCGCAACACAGAUUGCCACUUUGAUAUGGGGAGGGGGGAUUUUUGCUUUUGAUACGCGCGGCUGCUACUUCGUCGAGGAAGUACACCUGUCGCAUAACUUGAUCACGCAAAACGGGUGCAGACGAAUCCUGGAGGGUAUAUGAAAAAAAAUCAUUAUGAUUUGUCCGCUCAUAAAAUCUGCAAUAUCGACGAGAUAGCGGUGUAAAAUUAGACUGUUGGCCGUCGACCGGUUAAUUCUUUUUUUGCGUUGAGCUUCAAACUCGAGUUCCGCGUGUGACACAUCUGAAGCUAUUCCUCACCAGCAAGUGUUUCCUUUUUACCGGUGGAUUUAUAGUCGAGUGUACAAGUCGCCGUACGAAGUUUUUUUUUUCCACCAGUUUUACUUUGCAACCUACAGGCCUCGACGAAGCGCACCAGUACCCUAUUGUUGCUGGGAAGGGGCGCACGUGGCCGCUGUGGAUUCGCAUCAACGAGAAUUUGAUCCAGAAUGCGGUUCCUUUCGUCCGCGAGAUGGAGCAGCUGUGCGCGAAGCGACGGGGCAUGCGCUACCUGCGCGUUCAUCAGCGACAGGAAUUCUGGGGCCAACCGCCCUACGAACUCUGGCGGGAGGAAGUGCCCGGGUGCGCCGAGGGGGCUCUGUUCAAGCUCCGGGCGGAGAAAGUCGCCAAUGACCCUUAUUUCAAUAGCUACCCGACAAAGGACUUUCCCCACCGGGACAAGCUGCCGAUUGCGCAUUUUUUGUUUACCCAGAACCAAAACUGCUCCCCGCUGGACGAGCCUCAUCAUCUUCUGGGAAAGAACAGACAAAAUCCCCCUUAUUUCGCAGUGCCGGUCUGCCCCUACACCCCGGAGCACAAGAUUCUCCUGGUGGGGGAAGGCGACUUUUCCUUCACCAAGGCGCUGGCACGGAUCUUCGGCCCGCGACACGCGCAGAACCUGAUCGCGACCACCUUUGACCUCGGCGGCCAGCGGGAUUUUCGCCAGCGGCUCCAGGAAUGCAAGCGGGACGUGGAGGGAAUGGGCGGGGUGGUCGUCGGCGAGAGCGUGGACUGCACGCAGCUGCACAUACCGGACUACUUUGUGCCUCUGAAUCCCCCGGUGCAGGAAAUAGUGAGCUGGACCACGGUGCCGACUUACAACGACCGCUGGGGCGCUACUAGCACCACGACUUCGACGGUCCCCGUUUACGGCUUGGUGCACCAAAGACGGGAAAAUGGGCCCCACAGACUCAUCACCGAACUGUGCCAGCAGCAAUUUUCGCCGGAGGCAGGCCACUUUUUCGACUACGUGAUCGUCAACUUUCUGCACUCAGGCGCGGAGCAGACGAAUGCGCCCGCGGGGACGAUCGGGGGCCUGUCCGAGCACCAGGAGCUUUUCGGUCGGUUUUUCGCCAGUCUGGGGAAGUGCGCGCACAAUUCCUUUGUGCACCCGGAGCGGACGCGCGUGCACGUGACCCUCGCGGACCGAUUUCCGUACACGCACUGGAACAUUCCCGCGAUCGCGGCGAACGCCGGGUGGGAGCAGGUGGGCGACAAAUUCCCCUGGGCCGCGGAGCUGUACCAGGCCUUCGGGUACGAACACACCCGGACGAAGGAGGCACGGGGAAUGGUUGGGAGUGCCCAGUCGAAGGAAGCGGGGAAAAAAUACACCGGCGAAACGUUGCGAGACACGUCUUUCACCUGCGAAUUCAAACUCAGGACUUUCUCUCAAGGUGUUGCGCCGCCCCCAUCGGCGGCGACUACUAGUAGUCCGCCGUUUUUUGUUUCAUCGCGUGCUACUUCCCAAUAUACUACCCCCGUUGACGGUUAUCCUCAUUUGGUACAAGCGCCACCUUCAUACCAGCAGAAUUCUUUUUACGCCGGCUACUCAAGUAGAACAGAAGCAGCAGGAGGCCCGCAGGCGAAUGUGGUGGGCUUGCAACAUCCACAAUGGGGCGGCACCACGUAGGUUAUUUGGCAU